AUGGCCAAUCGCAAUCACAGCGUCAGUAAGAUUGAAUUCCCUAUGACUUUAUCCACAAAAAACUCCCACGAAGGAGUAUGCCCAUCCUCAUCUAAUACUUUCCAAGGAACUUUCUAUCCAAAAGCCACCCAUCCUAACAACGACAACCGCUCGCUACGAGUCAGGUCGUACGUCCACAAAGUAGAAAAUAUAAGACUCGGUGCUGAUACUAACGAAGCUAGAUUUCAUGCGGAGUUGCAUACCGGGCUGGGGGAGCGAUAUAUUUCGAAUUUGAAACGAGCGGGACAUGGAGGAACUGUUGGUUGCAUCAAUCAAUGA